AUGGUGAGUGUAUCAAAAAUGCUAUCAACAAUUUCCAAGAAAAUAAUCAAACCUUCCUCUCCCACCCCAUCUACUCAAAGAUGUCACAAACUUUCCCUUUUAGAUCAAAGGCCUUACAAUUAUAUGCCCCUUGUUUUUUUCUACCCCAAACAUCAAGUAGCUACUAUCCCAAAUGGACCUAAACAACUACCAAAUCUUUUAGCUAACUCUGUGUCAAAAACUUUAACUUGUUACUAUCCUUGGGCUGGAAGUCUAAAAGACAAUGCCACUAUUGAUUGUGAUGAUAGUGGAGUUGAGUUCUUUGAAGUUCAAAUCAGUUCUCAAAUGGAUAAAGUUAUCCAUCAUCCAAAUUCAAAUAUCAAAGAAUUGACAUUUCGUCAAGUGGGAGAUGCAUGUAGUGCUUACUAUUUUUUGAGAGAUUGGGCUGCACUAACUCGAAAUCCAAACGCAAAAAUAUCUCCAUAUUUUGCUGAGGAUUCCCUAUUUCCAUCACCAUUCGAUGGUCCUUUGGUUGCAUCUGUUAUCGAGUCGAAAAACAAGGAUUGUAUCCAAAAGAGGUUUGUUUUCUCUGACUCGAAAUUAAGUGCUCUCAAAGCCUAUAUUGCUGAUGAAUCAGGACUUCAAAAUCCAACAAGGAGCGAGGUCGUGAAUGCACUUCUCUACAAAUGUGCUGCCUUUGCUGUAAGUGGUAGCUCGGGUUCAUUUCAGCGAUCUCAGUUGAUCCAAUACUCAAAUCUUCGAGAAAGAAUUUCACCUCCGCUACCACCAAGCACCAUAGGGAAUAUUCUCACUGUCUUUUCUACACCAAUAUAUAACAACGAACGAGACCUCAGGUUGCCAAAAUUAGUACGAGAUAUAAGAAAGUACAAAAACAACCUCUCCAGCAAAAAUAAUCUCGAAGAAAAUGAGUGGGUUGUAGAGAUGCUAGAUGCAUAUAGAACAGGAAAAGAGUUAUUCAACCAAAGGAAUUGUGAUGUGUACCUUUGUAGUAGUACAUUAAUGUACGAAUACGAGAAACUAGAUUUUGGAUGGGGGAGACCUGCUAAAGGAAGUCUAGGAAAUGUUGGUCAAUUUAGCAAGAACUUUAUCUUGAUGAAUACUCCAGAUAGAGGAGUGGAAGCGUUCGUCAACUUGAACGAGCAAGAAAUGUGUUUGUUCGACAAGGACAAGGACCUUCUUGAAUUUCCUACUCCUAUUGAUCGGGAUAAUUUGAACUAA